UCCGUCACAUAUCUCAGUUGGCUGGGACUCAUUUCGGCCCCAGAACCAGCACAUUUGGCUCUUCCUGGACAAAAUGCUCCUCCACCUUGUCCCUUUAUGGCCACAAUCCGCCGUUCCGAUAUCGAAGUGCGCCGAGUGCUUCAUGAGUUCAAGGAGCUAUGGUGGGUUUUUUAG